UGGAGUCGCUUUGAUCCCACUUCCCCGUCGGUCUCCUCAAAACAACUAAAAUGGUCACCGUAGCGCUGGCAGGAGCAACCACAGGUUUCGGCCUCACAAUGCUCAAGACCUUCCUUCACCCCAACAAGCUCAACAACGGGAAACACAAGCUCAUCGUCCUCUCCCGUUCUCUUCAACCAGAUCUCUCAGCUCAAGACGUCGAAGUCCGAGUAACAGACUACAACAACCAUUCCCAACUCGUCAACAACCUCAAAGACGUCCACACCAUCCUCUCCCUCAUCGGUGGCGGUUCCCCAGAAGCACUUUACUCCGCCCAAGUGGCUCUUAUCACAGCCGGCGUCGAAGCCGGUGUGAAACGCUUCGCUCCAUCCGAGUACGCGGGCCGAGGAUACGAAGGCAUUGAUCUCUACGAACCGAAAGCUCGUGUUUGGGAAGUCGUUCAGCAGAGUGGAUUAGAGUACACUCGAUUCGAAUGCGGGCUUUUCAUGUCUGUUCUCGCGACUGGUACGCCGAAAGGUAUGACGGAGGUCGGGAUUCGGGAGGGAUGCAAAUCUGGAGAGGAAGAAGCUUUAGCGGGAUUGAGACCUUGGAAUUUCGUGAUUAAUAUUCGAGCUGGAACGGCGGAUUUUGCCGGUGAUGGCUCGGGCAAGAUGGUUCUGACGGAUAUGAGGGAUGUGGCGAGGUUUGUGUGGGAGGCGUUGAGUACGGAGAGGAAGUGGGAGCCUGUUAUGGGGAUGAGGGGUGAUGUGACGAGUUUCAAGGAGAUUGUGAGGAAGUUGGAGAGGGUGAGUUCGAGGAAGUUUCUGGUGAGGGAGAAUGCGAUCGAGGUGCUGGAGAGGGAGGCGAGGGAGGACCCGAGUAAGACGUUUUAUAAUCAGGCAAGGAUUGCGAUGGCGAAGGGCUGGGCUCUCGUGGGAGAUGAGAUGAAUAUGGCGUAUCCGCUAGUGAAGCCGGUGUCCGUGGAUGAAUUCAUCGAGAAGUGGUGGGCUGGUGUAGAGCUUGAUGCGCCAUCGUGGGAGGUUGACCAGGCGUUCGGAGUGGAGGACUUUUCGGACAAGUGAGGACAAGACCUAUU